AUGCUAGAAAAUAGGUGCAACAAAAUAAGGUGCACAAUGGAAGUAACCGACUGCCAUGUUUCUGAAACUGAUAGUGAAUUCGCCUUUGAGACUGACCAUUUGGCACUAAGAGGAAAUGAAGAUUAUUGCAAACUAUUGAAGUACAUUGUUAGAUUAGAGGCAAUUAAAAUGAUGGCUUUAAAAGAUAUUGAGAAUUUAUCUGAAGCACAAAAGAAAGCGAUGGAAGACCCAUUGCAGUUUGUGCAAGACUUAAAAGAUGAUAAAGUUAAAUUUCCUCCAAGACAUAAAGUUCCUGACUUACCUAAAAUUGACUGGAAUAAAUACGGUAUAGAUAUAUCAUUGGAUUGUGAGGAUUCAACUCUUGUUAAAGAAGAUAAUGAUGCCACCACAAAAGUAAGAGGUAGAAAGUUCACUGAUAAUAAACCUGAGACAUUUAAUCAACUUUGGUCAUGUGAGGAGCAAAAACGACUUGAAGAGUUACUAGAAAUAUAUCCAGAGGAGCCGAUUGAGGCAAGGAGAUAUAAGAAAAUAGCACAAGCUUUAGGAACUAGAACACCUUUACAGGUUAUGAGUAGAAUACAGAAGUACUUUGCAAAAUUAGCUAAAGCUGGCUUACCCAUACCUGGUAGAGCACCAAAGAGGAUAAUGAAGGAUAAAAAUCAGUCCAUUUUCUAUAAAAAGUCAACAUUUUUCCCUCAGCUUCAUGUGCCUGUGAAAAUGGAAGACCCAAUGGAUAGUACUGAGGUGUAUGAUGGGGCUUCUACAGUGGAUACAAAAAGUGGUACCAAGUAUAUGUUAGAGUUAUUAAAAGCUGCAAAGGAGCAGCGAGUACUAGAUGAAACUUCACCCGUAUAUCAAACUAAUACUAUGUGUGUUGGAUGUCAAAAAACAGGAUUUUUGGGUGCAAGGUGGACAGAUAAUGCUGGUACCGAUUAUUGCACGGAUUGCAUUGUGAAGCUUUUGCCGGCAGAAAAACUAAUACCUGUUAGAAUGGUUUUGUAA